CGAACGAGCCGUAAUUUCUCUCUCAUUGCAGUGAUCUCCUCCCCCACCACCCGGCCUAUAAGAGGAGCAGCUGUUCUCCAUACGCCUGAUUCGAUUGCACCAGCAGUGCACCAUCCUCGAGGUGGUCUUCUGAUAUCCUUGGAAAUUAUCAAACGAUAAAAAAGAGGCUGGAGAAGGUAAGAAGAAAAUCAAACAUCUGCCCUGGUCAUCAAACUGUGUCUGAAUGGAUUUAGUGAGGGAGAAUUUUAAAAAGGAGGAGGUGAGAAAGGUGAGAAGAUAAGCUUAAGAUUUAUUGAUAAAGAGACAGAGAGAGAGAAAAAAAAGAAAGAGGGCUUGAGCAGAAGAGAAAAAUAGAGAAGAGAAAGAGGAGAUCCCUGGAGAGCAAACCAAGCUGAGCUCACAUGCCUGUGGCCAAUUAAACGGCAAGCCUAUUGUCGUAAUACCAUGCGUACACACACACACACACACACACACACACACACACACACUGAGUGGUCAGUAAAGAGAGGCUGGAUGCAUAAUGCACCAAAGGGUGGGUGUGGAGUGCUUAUGAGGGUGUGUGUAAAGUGUGUGUGCAUGUGUGAGAGCGUGUGUGUGAAGGUUCCCUCCCCCGCCUUACUAUGAGGUCAGCAGGAGAACGACGUGUUGGGAGAGAAGACGCAAGCGCAGCUGAAGGAGGAGAGAGAGCUGCAGCAGAGCAGGAACAGGAGGAUAGGGAAGGAGAGAGAGAGAGAGAGAUAGAUAGACAGAAAGAGGGAAAGCUGGAGGAAUAAUAUGCUGAGCAGGGACUGAAGGCUGCAGUGAUGACGGCUAUGCUGAGUCCGAAGAUCAAGCAGACCAGGAGAGCCAGGUCCAAGAGCAUGGUGAUGGGCGAGGUAAGCCAUGGCUCGGGAGGAUCGACCUCUCCAGGCCUCCAUGAGGGCGUGCUUAAAGCAGGCUGGCUUAAAAAGCAGAGAAGCAUCAUGAAGAACUGGCAGCUGCGCUGGUUUGUGUUGCGCUCUGAUUAUCUCUAUUUCUACAAAGACGAGGAGGAAACAAAGCCUCAGGGUUGCAUCUCACUGAAGGGAAGCCAAGUGAAUGAGCUCACAGCUAAUCCUGAGGAUGCAGGCCGAUAUUUAUUUGAGAUUGUCCCAGGUGCAGCUGGUGAAAAAGACAAGACACCUGUGAGCCAUGAGACCUUUCUGCUCAUGGCCAACUCCCAGAACGAUAUGGAUGACUGGGUGAAGGCUAUUAGACGAGUCAUAUGGGCUCCUUUGGGAGGAGGAAUUUUUGGACAAGGCUUGGAGGACACAGUUCAGUACGAAAAGAAAUUCGGGGUUCGGCUUGCUCCGCUUCUAGUUGAGCAGUGUGUGAAUUUUAUUCGCGAGCGAGGACUCGAUGAGGAGGGUCUCUUUAGGAUGCCAGGCCAGGCCAAUUUGGUCAAAGAGCUUCAAGAUGCAUUUGACUAUGGAGAGAAACCUCAGUUUGACAGCAACACUGAUGUCCACACUGUGGCAUCCCUGCUGAAGCUCUACCUCAGAGAGCUGCCUGAGCCAGUCAUUCCCUUCUGCAAGUAUGAUGAUUUCCUUACUUGUUCUCAGAUUUUGGCCAAAGAUGAAGAUGAGGGGCUGCAGGAAUUAAUUCAGCAAGUGAAGACACUUCCCUCUGCUAACUACAACCUCCUAAAAUAUAUCUGCAAGUUUCUCGACGAAGUACAGUCACACUCUGGCGAAAACAAAAUGAGUGUACAGAAUUUGGCCACUGUGUUUGUGCCAAAUAUUCUUCGUCCUAAAAUGGAGGACCCGGUAGCAAUCAUGGAAGGUACGUCUCUGGUCCAGCAUCUCAUGACUGUCCUCAUCAGCAAGCAUGAUCAGCUGUACCCUGACCAGGAGUUUGAAGCACUGGAAGUUUCCAUGGAGGGGAGAUCACAGUGCCAACAGCACCAGCAGUCCAACCUUGUCGGCUGGAUCUCUGAGGAAGAUCUCCAAAGCCUGACCCCUCCUGGGAAGAACCCUAACACUAGUGACAACCCUAGCAGCAGCAGUACCUCAUCCCUAGAUGGUAUCCCGACAAGCUCGUCACCUAAAUCAGCCCCCCAAGGAAAAGCUGAGACAGCCAUCAGCCCAAGCAAGCAAGCCAAAACAAUACCUUCCUGGAAAUAUACUUUCAAGGGUUCCACACCAAGACCACAACCUGCCAAAAAUGCUGGCCCCUCAGGAGAUGUUGCCAAUGUCACUAGUGGAAACUGGCUCAUGAAUGGACUCUCAUCAUUAAGAGGGCAUCGUCGAACUUCUACAGGUGAACGUGCAAAGGAUACUGGGCCAUCCCAAAGACUGUCAACCUAUGACAAUGUUACCUACACGUCAAGUCCCGGGGAUAUUCCUGGUGAAGAAAGCAUUCGGUCAACCAUGUCUUGUGAGAUCUCAAUAGCAGGAAGUGAAAACUUAGAAGCAGACAUCAGUACAGAGACUGAAAAUACUGAAAAUUCUGGGGAGCCAGGACCGACUGUAGAGGACGUAAACGACAUUGAGCAAGAGGAUGCUAUUGGCAACAUGGUGUCAAACUGCGGCAGCGACACCAAUAUACACAAUAUAGUGCCAGUCAUCACAGUCAUGGCAGAAGACACUGAUGAAAGUCCAUCAUUGGCCAGUGUGGUUGCUGCACUGAAAGAAGAGCUGACCAGUCAGAAACUGGUUUAUGAAACCAGAAUCAACAAGCUGGAAGAAUCAAGCACACUGCUCCGUGGCCAAAUGGAAAGAUUACAGCAUGACAUGGAACAGGAACACAAGAAACACAAAAUGCUGGAAAUCAAAUUGAGGAACUCGGAACGAGCCCGGGAGGAUGCCGAGAACCGGAACCAGCUCCUGGAAAAAGAGAUGGAGGACUUCUUUUCUACACUCGGGGACCUGGCUCUCACCAGAACGAGUGACAUUUAGUUUCGGUGUUGUUUAGGACGUGAUGGAAUUUGUCCAAGAAGCAGUCUGUGUGGCAACUGUGGACAGCACAGUCUCUGCAUUUCCUCAGGUCUAGACUCUAGAAGUGCAUGGACUGAAAUUCCAUGUUUAUUCCAGGACUAUUUCUCUAACCUCAUGUUUGUUGAUUGUCUCAACCAGGACCUAUAGGAUGAACGAUUAUGUAUGGAUGGACGUCUCCAAUGUAUCACUGUGGAUGUUAGGGUUGCCAGUUCAUACCAGGCUGUUUCACCAGAUGUUUACACCUCCAGCUUGUAGUCCAGGUGGAAAAAAAAAAAAUCUACCAACGAAUGUAACAUUUAAAGAUCACUCAUAACCAAAGCCUAUAUAAAGAGCUGGUAUUAUUUGGUUUGCGAACAUUAAGGCGUGACAUCUGCCCUGGAAAAAAAGGAAGAAUUGUACUGACAGUGCCUUUGUUGAGGUUUUGUGUUGAAUCACCUGGAUUGCUUGAGCUGAUUCGGAAUUAAAACUGGAAAUGUGGUGUAUUAUAUUAAAAUGUGAGAUUUAAAGUCAAAACACGGAAACGGAUUUUCUCCAACUUGAUGCGAUAUUUAAGAAAGUAAUUAGAGGUCAUUAAUAUAAAUGUUACUAGAAUGUGUUCACUGUGUUGGUUGGUUCAUUGAAAUUUCGGAUUUAUUCGAUAGGGAUUGCGGUCUGUAUGUUUCAUGUUGGGUGUGUUUUCUAAUCAGGCACUGAAUUGAAUUUGAACUAUUGUAAUAAAAAAACAAAGCAUUUUGUUCUUCUUGAUAUAGGAACAGUAGAUGACGGAUAUGACACACGGCCAUAUUUACAACAGAUUUUCUUUUGUUCAUUUGCACUGUUGCUCUAGCUUCUCACACACGUCUGUUUCUGGAUUCAUUCAAACAUUUUCUUUAGGAUUUCUGAACCUAUUAGCAUGUCAUACACAAUCCAUUUCAAUGUGCUGAUGUGUUAUUCAUAUUUUGGGAAUCGCGACCAGUUGGUGUGGUGCUAUGUAUCUGUACACAAAUACGUGCAAUUAAAUGGAAAACUGGA